CACAACACGAGAAUGAACGCUACUGCAGACUUGGCAGAACCCCUGGGAAGAGCAGUCUUCUAGAAGGAUGGGAACCCCCCACACUGGCUGCUUCUUGGAAGGAAGAAUGGUCUUUGAGUGGCCGAGAUGCAGUGGAGAUACACGAAACUCUCGUCUCCUAUCUGUCUGGGCGCAGCCAUCCAUCACCGAAAGCAUCGAUGCCUCACCGACCCCCUCCUUUCCCUUGUCUCGGGCGGGCCCAACAGACUUGUCCAUUACGGCGCCCAUAGUCCCUAUACGCCUCUCGACGCAGCAAGUUGUUCAGAAUGAGGCCCGCUGCCGAGAGUCUGGGCGGACUCAACAUGGCAGGCGGGAGCGUAGAGCUCCCGCCGAGAGAUCCGGAUUGCGUGCUAUCAAACAACCCGCGUGCCCGCUGGCCGGCUUUCGGGCUCCCAAAUACCAAGACACUCCAACUCCAUGCAAGACCUGGAGUCCCCGCGGAUGUGACCCGCGCAGAGCCGCCAAGGCUGGAGGAACAUGCCCACGAGCGCACUUGUUGCGGGCCAUGGAGAGAGAGAUAUGUGGGUGCCUUACGACCAGCCCACACUUCCUGCCUAUCAUAUAAUGAAAGCAUACAGCCGAGUGACAAGACAAUAUUCCGGGAGUCCAGGCCAUACAUCUUCUCCCAAGCCCCCCCGGGAUUUUGACUUUUUCGUUUCCCAUCUUACUCGAUAUCAUCAGAGAUCGUCUUACCAAGGGCUCUUUGUUGCAAUCCUUCCUUCCUAUGCUUGCCUUUUCUCUCGAUCUUGAGGGGGUAGAAGUGCUUGAACCCGGAUAAGAG